AUUUCAUACAACAGCAAAAACAAAAUCAAGAAAAGCACUUUGCUUUUACUAGAUCUCUAAUCCUCUCAAUUUCAAAAAAUAAACCACAAUCUUAAUCUUAGAGAAUCCAAUUCCGAUUCCCAUCAAAAUAAUUCGAUUUCCCAGGAAUUAAAAUCCCAUUUACUGGAUUCCCUUUUUGACUUUAAUGGCUAAUCAAUUUCAAAUCUUUUCCUUUGAUAUCCUGUGAUUGGAUCCAUUGGAUUUUGGUGCCAACGGCUUUGUUCAGAAAUUGAUUUGUAGAGCUUUUUAUCAGGUCAGUUAGUUAAUCUGUUAUGCAAUCAGUUGAUGAUAGUGACGAAAAGAAGAGUUUGAAGCGAUCAAGAUCACCGUCUUCUUGCGAUAUGCCUGUGACUGAUACCACUGCCCCACGAACAGUUGAUGAUUGUAUUUUCUUCCCUCUUGAAGAUAUAGUACAAUCUCCGGUACCGGGAUACGUUGUACCUACGGCAAUUACUUUUAGUCCUGAUGAUAGUUUGGUAACUUACUUGUUAAGUCCGGAUCAAUCCUUGAGUAGGAAUGUCUUUGCUUUUGAUCUCCACACUGGCAAGCAAGAGCUGCUUUUUAGUCCUCCAGAUGGAGGGCUUGAUGAGAGUAACAUAUCACCAGAAGAGAAGUUGAGGAGGGAAAGAUUAAGGGAGCGGGGAUUGGGAGUGACGCGAUAUGAAUGGGUGAAGACUGGCUCGAAGAAGAAAGCAAUUAUGGUGCCUUUGCCUGUUGGGAUUUACUUUCAGGAUCUUUGUUGUUCAAAACCAGAGCUAAAGCUUUCAAGCUCACCACUCUCACCUGUCAUUGAUCCUCAUCUCUCUCUAGAUGGUACUAUGAUUGCUUAUGUGAGAGAUAAUGAGUUGCAUGUUAUGAAUCUCUUGUCCAAUGAACAGAAACAAUUAACACAUGGUGCCAAGGGAGACACGGUGACUCAUGGUCUUGCUGAGUACAUAGCUCAGGAGGAAAUGGAUCGGAAGUUUGGAUAUUGGUGGUCACUUGACAGUAAAUAUAUUGCAUUUACACAAGUUGAUUCCUCUGAGAUACCCCUUUUUAGGAUUAUGCACCAAGGUAAAAGCUCUGUUGGUUCAGAGGCACAGGAAGACCAUGCUUAUCCCUUUGCCGGAGCUUCAAAUGUCAAAGUUCGUCUUGGGGUAGUUUCUGUUGCUGGAGGUCCUAUCACUUGGAUGGAUCUUCUUUGUGGGGGAACAAAUCAACUUUAUGAGGAGGAAUAUUUGGCCAGAGUCAAUUGGAUGCAUGGAAAUAUUCUCACUGCUCAGGUUUUGAGCAGGUCUCAAACCAAAUUAAAGGUCCUGAAGUUUGAUAUCAAAACAGGCCAAAGAAAAAUUGUACUUGUAGAAGAAGUAGAUUCGUGGAUUAAUUUACAUGACUGUUUCACACCUCUAGAUAAAGGUGUCACCAAAUAUUCUGGAGGAUUCAUCUGGGCAAGUGAAAAAACAGGAUUUAGACAUCUUUAUCUACACGAUACUAAUGGGAAUUGCUUAGGACCUAUCACUGAAGGUAACUGGAUGGUUGAGCAAAUAGCAGGUGUGAAUGAGGUUUCAGGGCUUGUGUAUUUCACUGGAACUCUAGAUGGACCUUUGGAAUCUCACCUUUAUUGUGUUAAACUUUAUCCUGAUUGGAACCUUCCUUUGGAAGGCCCAGUGAAAUUAACUCAUGGGAGUGGAAAACAUGUGGCUGUGCUUGAUCAUAAUAUGCAAAAGUUUGUUGAUUUUCAUGAUUCUCUUGAUUCACCACCAAAGAUUUUGAUUUGCUCCUUGCUGGAUGGAAGUGUAAUUAUGCCUCUGUAUGAGCAGCCAUUAAUUGUUCCAGGAUUAAAAAGGCUCCAACUUGAGCCUCCAAAGUUGGUUCAGAUACAGGCAAAUGAUGGGACUGUUCUACAUGGUGCUUUAUACAAGCCUGACGAAACUAAGGUUGGACCUCCACCAUACAAAACCUUGAUAAGCGUGUAUGGUGGUCCUAGCGUACAGCUUGUGUGUAAUUCUUGGAUAAAUACAGUUGACAUGCGAGCACAAUAUUUACGAAGCAAAGGAAUUUUAGUAUGGAAGUUAGAUAACAGAGGAACUGCUCGGCGUGGGUUGAAGUUUGAAGCGGCCAUCAAAUACAAUGCUGGCCAAAUUGAUGCUGAGGAUCAGCUGACUGGAGCUGAAUGGCUCAUGAAACAAGGGUUGGCAAAACCUGGCCAUAUUGGUUUGUAUGGUUGGAGCUACGGAGGCUAUCUCUCAGCCAUGACUUUGGCAAGGUUUCCUGAAGUCUUCAAGUGCGCUGUCUCUGGUGCCCCUGUUACAUCAUGGGAUGGAUACGACACAUUUUAUACUGAAAAGUACAUGGGAUUGCCCUCCGAGGAUCCUGUACGCUAUGAAAACAGCUCUGUGAUGCACCAUGUGCACAAGAUGAAAGGGAAGUUGUUGCUUGUGCAUGGCAUGAUUGAUGAAAAUGUGCAUUUUAGGCACACUGCAAGGCUUAUUAAUGCACUUGUGGCUGCCAGAAAGCCUUAUGAAAUAUUAAUAUUCCCAGAUGAACGACACAUGCCGCGUCGUCAUAGGGACAGAAUUUAUAUGGAAGAGAGAAUUUGGGAGUUCAUUGAGAGAACUUUGUGAAGAAUCAACCUCUUCUCUCAACGUUAUGUGUUGCUGUUGUUAUUGUUAAGGUAGAGAAGAGAGUUGGAAACUCAA